UGCAUGUGAACAGUCAGUAAGUCCGUCAGUCAGUGUUUGCUCGGUGAAGCUGGACCUCAGUGCGUCUGUGCGUGAUCGUGGGAGCCUCGCAUCAGCUCACUGCCCACUCCACGCCCCCGCAGAGUCUCCCAAACUCUCGGUCGCAGGAGGAGAGGUGAUGUGGGGGAUCAGCAGACAGCAGCUGGAUUCUCAUGCUAAAAUCAGCCGCUCUGAUGGAGUGAAGACAGCAGAUACACGGUUUGCCAGAGUCUGAGCCAGGAUGUCCCAACAGUGCUGAGGCCGGAGGAGGAGAGGGGUUCUGGGAUUUUAGCGGUGGAGAGCGAGACAUCAUGGGGGAUGGAGGGCUCUUGCACACGGAGGGGAAUGCCCUUCUGAAGGCAGUGUUCCAAGGCAAACUCCGCCUCGCUCGCCUCCUCCUGGAGGGCGGAGCCUAUAUCAAUGAAGGGAACGAGCGAGGGGAGACGCCCGUCAUAGCUGCCUGUCUGGCGGGGUACGAUGAUCCGCAGACCCGGCAGAGAAUGGUGCGGUACCUGCUUGAGAAGGGAGCAGACCCAAACAUCCCUGACAAAUCGGGUCGGACCGCCCUGAUGCAUGCGUGUGCAGAACAGGCAGGCAAAGAGGUGGUGUCACUGCUGCUGGAAAACGGCGCCGAUCCCAGCUUGAAAGAUUACUCCGGGGCCUCGUCACUCGUACACGCCAUCAAUAGGGGUGACAGGGACACUCUCCAGGUCCUGCUGGAUGCCUGCAAAGCCAAAGGUAAAGAGGUAAUCAUAAUUACUACCGAUACAUCCCCCUCUGGCACUAAAAAGACCAAACAAUACCUGAACUCCCCACCUUCUCCGGCUAUAGUGGACAAGCUCUCCCCUGCUUGCAUGUCUCCGUCUGAGGUGGAGAUCCAUACCUCUGGCUCUGCCCCUGGGGAGGAGGAGGAAGGUAUCUUCAGCUUCGCCGUGACUUCAGCACUCCCACUACCCUCCAGCAGACCACAAGGGGAGAGGAGACCAACGCCCCGUAAGCUUCUGAAAAGACUAAACUCUGAACCAUGGGGCCUGGUGGCUCCUUCUGUACUUGCUGAGAGAGCGGAGCGGAUAGAGGGCGAUUUAGCAGAGGAGGACAAGUUGGUUUCGGAGAUGAAUGGGGUGACAAUUUCUGGUCCAGGCAGACCUCUCCUGUCCCGAAGGCACAGUAUUGAGACCCAUGACCCAUCUUCUCCAAAGCUGAUGGACCGGACCUGUUCGGAAGACUGUGCAGCACUGUGUGGCUCUUCCUGGGCGGAUAAAGUCCAUCAGCACCAGUCAUUGUAUCGUCGAAACACGGCCCCUGAGACUCAGGACAGUGUGGCUCAGGCACCGACAGGAAUCCGUGGCUUGCCACACCCCAAACUCACCCGCAUGGAACACUACGAGUCGGACACCCACCUGUGCCCUGCCUCCAUUCCUGGAUCUCCAGAUUCUGGACGUGUCUCAGUGGAGCGCCGCAAGUACAAUGCCUCUCCCUUGUCGCUGCUCACCAGCUCUUCUCGAGAGUCUCUGGAGAGCAUUCCCAACUCGGUGUCUCCUAUCCCAAUGCGGCGGCGUCCAACAGGACUGUUGGAACGGCGGGGAUCAGGCACUCUCCUUUUGGACCACAUCUCCCACACAAGACCUGGGUUCCUUCCUCCUCUCAACAUCAACCCUCAGCGACCCAUUCCUGAUAUCCGAGCCAACGGAAAGCCCACUUCUCCCGUUCACUCAGGUAGUAAGAUCCUGCUGCCGGUUGCGCCAUCGUCCCCAAAACGUGGACCAGAUUUCAAGAUGAAGAAGAAACUGAUGAGACGACACUCGAUGCAGACAGAGCAGAUGAAGCAGCUUUCGACUUUCCGGGAAAUCCUCACAGAAAAGGUGAUGGAGAUGAAUGGAGAUUGAGGGCAAGAGAGAAGGAGAAUGAGAGAGAGUCAGAGCCGGCCGAGAGUUUUCAUCACUGGGUUCAUCUACAUCUUCUUUGAGGCAAACCUUCUCUGGUCCAGUUCAGCUCCUUUAGAACUUAAUACAUACAUCAAAAAUAUGCAUUGUGGAGACAAAUCCAUCUUCAAAUCCAGACAAUUAAAGAGAAAACAGUCAUUCAAGAUCAUAAAAGGGAUCAGUUAUUCCAAAUUUGGAGACCCUUCUAAUGUUAUUUAGGAUUAUUCCUUGAUCAUCGAGAAUGCUUGAAGAUGGACACAUUAGUGUCAGUGGAAGUGCUGUUGGUGUUUGAAAUUGCUGCAACCCUGAUAAAACCUCACAGAUUUUGUGCUCUACAGGUUUCUCUUAAGUGUUAGCGCUGUUAUGGCUAUCAGCCUUCUUAUUGUUGUGCACUGUCAGAAAAAAAAAGCAAAAAUUGUACCUUUAGGGUGUACAGCUGCUUGUUGAUGGGGCAGUACCCUUAAAAGGAUUUAAUACUUAUUAUAUUUAAUACCAAUUUAUACUUUAUCUACCCUUAAAAUGUGUGUAUUUGUACCUUAGAAUAGUAAUAUAUACACUUAAGAUACUACUAUGCAUCUUUUGGGGGUAAAUAAGGUACAAAGAUGACCCAAUAAGGGUACAAGCUGUUGCAUACCUAAAGGCACAAUUUUUGCAUGUUUUUUUUUGUGAUGAUCCUGUGGAAUAAUUGGGUUAAUACUCUUAAUAUUCCUUUGGUAACAACAUCAAGUGUAGUUCAAAACUCUAAAAUUAAUUUCUUCAGCCAUUACAGUACAGCUAAAUUGAUUCAAUAUUUUCAUUCAAAUGUGAAUUGAAUUUAAAGUUGAUCAUUUACUUACUUGUAAAUAAUAGUGCUCAACUCUUUUUAAUGCGAUAUUUAUUUCUGCGUGGUUGUUUUGGACUGAAGGUUCGGAAUUGUAGUCCUUGAAGGACUUUUAAUUUGGCAAUGACAAGCUUCCUGAUUUUUUCCCACGGGAUGUACAAUAUAGAUUAUCGGAGAUGUCUGACUGCUAAAUAUUCCUGUAACAAAUGAUAGCGUUAGAUGAUGAACACAUUUCUGAAGAACAUUUUAUUGCGUUAUGAAAGUGCAAUAAAAUACUACAGGAAUCAAUUAACAUAAAAACCAUUUAAAAAGCUAUAUGACUAAAAACAUAAUUGUACCAGUUAAACAUACUGCAUGUUUCAGGGCUUUUGGAUGGGUCUUUUAUCUUUCUUAAAGUCUGCUAAGUGAUACAAAAUAAGUGAAGUGCAAUUCUUGAAACUCAAAAUCCCAAAGAAACUCUACAAAGCCCAUCCAAAACCACAUAGAUCCACCCUGACCAGACUCAGUGGAUGGGAGAGAGAAACCCCUCGCAUAACGCACACUCCCUCUGGAGACACAGAACACAGAUAUUGUGUACAUACUGUACAGAGUACAAUUGUGUCUCACGUUUGAACGUGCAAUAUUCUGUGCUGCCUCAGCACUGAUUUCAUAUUAUUAUCGUGAAUGUGAUCAAUCACUUGGACGUGUGUCUGUGGUAACAUGCUGCGGUAAAUAGUUCAAGACGAGCUAGGAGCUCAGUUUACAUUCAGAGGAGGAAUCUCUGCACAAAAUACAUGAGAAUCAAUUUCCCUAAAGAGCUGCAGUGCACAGUGUGUCCAUGUCAAACAAAUAGUUCAACUCAAGCUUAUGAUGUGAGUGAAUUUAGUGCUUCUGCUUUGAGAUGUUCUACACUUGAUGUGAAUUAAACUUGGUGUACUUGAAAUGUAUCAUGAAAACAAAAAGAGGAAUAUUUUUUUAUGCCUGUAGGGUUUUAUUCUUGUUGUUUU